AUAUCUAGACUCGUAAAACUUACCGCUGGGCCGUUUGCACUUGACGUGGAUUAAAGUCUGAGCUUGUUGCGUUUGUCGCGGCGUAGAAUCGCCUGAGCGCUAUAACAUGGGCGCUGGUGGCGCUUCUACCACGGUAGCGAAUGGCGGGAUCAAGUUGGUAGGGCACAAGAAUUUUGUGCGCUAUAAUCCACAAUCCGACCGGUUUGCUAUUAAGAGGUUCCAUAGCUUCGAGUUCUGGUGCGCGGAUGCGACCAACACAUACAAGCGGUUCUCUUAUGGCCUGGGCAUGCCGCUGGUCGCCAAGUCCGACCAGUCCACCAACAACCAGCUCUUUGCCUCCUACGUGCUGCGCUCCAACGACCUGGUCUUCACCUUCACCGCGCCCUACAGCCGCAAGUGCGCCUCGGUCAGCGAGGGCGUUCCGCUGCGUCACUACAACAUCGACCAUGCGUAUGAGUUCAUCAACUCGCACGGGCUGGCGGUGCGGGCAGUAGGCCUGCUGGUGGAUGACGCCAAGACGGCGUACGAGGUGUCUGUGGCGCACGGGGCCAAGGGCGUGCUGCCGCCGGUGGAGUUGCGGGAUGAGGCGAGCGGCACCAGCCAGGUCAUCUCGGAGGUCAUUGUUUACGGGGACGUCGUUUUCCGCUACGUGUCGGGCUCCUUCGAGGGCCCUUUCAUGGCCGGCUACACGCCAGUCACAGACUCGCCGGUCGCGUCGAUUGGGUUACAGCGCGUGGACCACGCGGUGGGCAACACACACGACCUGAUCAAGGCCGUGGAGUACAUCACCGGGUUCUGUGGCUUCCACGAGUUCUCAGAGUUUGUUGCGGAGGACGUGGGCACUGUGGACAGCGGCCUGAACAGCAUGGUGCUUGCCAACAACGAGGAGACCAUAUUGAUGCCUGUGAACGAGCCCACCUUCGGCACGCCGCGCAAGAGCCAAAUCCAGACCUACCUGGAGCAGAACGAGGGGCCGGGGCUGCAGCACCUGGCGCUGCUCAGCAACGACAUCUUCACCACCCUGCGGGAGAUGCGCGCGCGCAGCGAGCUGGGUGGCUUCGAGUUCAUGCCGCGGGCAAAUGCGAAGUACUACAAAGACAUGUACGCCCGCAUCGGCGACUCGCUCACGCCGCAGCAGUACAGGGAGGUGGAGGAGCUGGGCAUCCUGGUGGACAAGGACGACCAGGGCGUGCUGCUGCAGAUCUUCACCAAGCCGCUGGGCGACCGGCCCACGGUGUUUAUUGAGAUCAUCCAGCGUGUGGGCUGCAUGCGGGAGGUGAAGGAGCCUGCUACGGGCGCUGUGGUGGGGACGGAGCAGGCGGCUGGCUGCGGCGGCUUCGGGAAAGGCAACUUCGGCGCCCUCUUCAAGUCCAUUGAGGACUAUGAGCGCACCCUAAAUGUGUAGAGCACGUCAGAGCUAGGCUAGCAGCAGAUAAGUAACGCAGGAGGUCACGAGAUAUGUGGUGGCGGUGCCAGGUGCACCGUACUCGAGUCAGGUAGAUUACAUGCUAGCAGAGCGAGGUAGCAUGCGCGCUCAGUAGGCUCAUGUCAGCCGCUGGAUUGCAAUGGAAUGCAACGGUGCGGCGCUACUGCGUACGCUCUUCAGUUGGUGGGGUGUGUGCGCAAUGUGCUUAGAGUGUGCACUGUGUGUGUAGCAAGUGAAUGGGUCCCGCGCACUAUGCUGAAGGUGCGUGGUGGUGGCGCCGCCGCAUUGGCCUAGAGCCACGCAAGCUUGUGGUGACCAGGCUGUGCAUAGCAGUUGCAGGUCCCAGGAGCACAUGGUCGUAAAAACAAAAAGGCCCUGUGUGGGGGGGCUGGCAGUGUAUGAAGGAGUGGCAAUGCGCCCAGAUGCUGCAGACAGGCAGUUGCUGCGCCUACUCAGCGCCGCCUAGGGGCUGACGCCUAGAGACGUCAUUUUGACAUCAGAUGACGUUAUGUGCGGAGCCCGCGGGCACUGCAGCACAGGGGGAUGCUGGUGCCCCUAAUCAGCGAUGCAUGAAAGGGGCGCGUCGGCGUGACAGACCAAAGCUGCGCGAGAGAACAAGAGACUCGCCGUUACACGACUGCUCUAGUCCGUCCAUUUGAAUUGUACAUGUCACAUGUGCCCACCCCAAGACCCAGUGCGCGGCGGCUUGAAUGCUUUAAUGUCAUCUGAAUACAUCUGCCCAGAGAGGCCCAAGGCGCCAACGUGCCCUGGGCACUACCAGGCCCCUGCGCAAGCAUGCCUGAGCAUGCCCAUGUGCAGCGGUUGGCACCCGAGCUGCGACUGGCGCUGCCAGGUAAAUCGCUCUUGACUUCAAUACGCGCAGGAUCAUGAUAUAUAAAAGCCAAUGCUCACAGAGCGAGUACGCUGGCUGAGGUUGGAAGUCGCGGGGUCACGCGGGGUCGCUAAUUUGGGGGGCACAAUUACGCUGAUGACGAGCUGCCGCUUCUCCCGUACCUUUAUUCGCCUACUUAUGCAUGCGUUCAGCGUGAUGCCUGAUGUGUAGACAGCUCCGGCACCCUUCGCCGACGUCAGAGCGGUGUCAGAGCGAUCGAGUGCAUCGAGUCUGGGGU